UCAGGAGUGAAGGAGCUGUCAGCGGCAGUGGAGGAUCCACACUGCUCACUGGAGACUCUCAGGUAUGGACACACAACAGGAGCUCAUGGGUUGUGUCUUGACCAAUGACCUGUCUUCCUGUCUGACUGUCUCUCUUCCUGCAGGGUGGACCAUGGUGGACAGCAGUGGCUCAAACCUGGUGUGAGGAAGUAUGAUCCUCAAGUCACAGCGGAGCCAUUCCAUGAAAAUCCAGACCUCGAGUGCUCACAGACAAACAAGGGUCCAUUCCAUUUUGAGCCAAACAUAUCGUAUGAGCAUGGAGGGAUUUCAUACAGGUUCAGAGGCACUUGUCCCGGUGUGUUCCUGUGUAAGCUGACUGGGAUUGGCUUUACUAUGACUCGAGGGGGAGAGUUGCUGUACAAGAUCAUCCAGUGGGAUGAAGAACUCCUCCAAGCAGCUGGAAAAGUCCCUGCAGGUCCACUGUUUAACAUCCAGGGUACUGCCAAUGCUGUGUCACAGCUGCACCUCCUGCACUGUGAGCCAAACCCCAUCACACUUCCCACUGGCCUGUCUGCAGUCCACAUGAGUGAUGAAGGAAUCAGCAUCCUGGAGCCACUGGAGAUAAAUGAAUCUCAUGUUGUUGUAGACGUCAGUAAUUUUUCUGACUUUGGCUUGGUAGAUUAUGUCAGAGGGCUUCUAAAUAUUGAAAGACCAAUAAGUAGCCAGGUGCUACUGUUCCACUGUCCAAACUGGACUGAGAACAGCCAAAAAGUCAAUGUCUUCCUGCUGCCAAAGAACAUCCCACUCUCAGAGGUGAAACAACAUCAGCAACAUGCAUACCACAUUGAGGCCACUUCCUCCUGUAUCCUCAUCAAAGAUCACACUUACACUCUGCAGUGUCCUGAGGCACAGUUAGUCCAGCCCCCGAGUGUGCCAUUUGACCUCGACUGUGGACCAAAUUACCACCCAACGUUCGACAUGCAUUUCAGCCGGGAUAAAACAAAGGCCACUGUCACAGUCCGCACCCAGCAAGCCCAGUCUGUGUGGGAAUAUCAUGCAGACCUCACUCCUAAAGGUGUGAGGUCGGCCUUGAGCUCUCAGCUCUUCUCGGUUCUACCUCCAGAUAAUGGACCCAUCACAGCUGAUAGCACAGGUGAUUCAGGAAUACCAGCUGUGGCGUCAGUGGAAAAGAAGAAGCUGCUCUCCAUACGGAAAGACUUCAUUGACAGAGUGUCCAGCUCUGUAGUGAAGGAUCUGCUGGACAUCCUUCUGCAAAGGGAGGUCAUAAACUUCAACGAAAAGGGUCAGAUCCAAGCCAAACAGCAAGACAGGGACAUAUCAGAGGCUCUGAUUGACAUGGUGUUGAUGAAGGGAGACUCAGCUUGUAAAAUAUUUAUUGAUGCUUUUUGUAUAUUAUAUCAAUAUUUGUCUGCUGAUCUGAACCUACCCUGAAAAGACAAAGUAACUUCAGGGCUUGUGUUGAGAGUGAACAACUGGAAAUACAUUUCUGAAAGACUCUCAUCAAGUCUGAAAGAAAAAAUGACUGUUCAGUGAGAGAUCUGUAAUAAAUAUUGGGGAUGUUCCAGUACCACUUUUCUGCUGACUGAGUACAAGUAUGAGUACUGAUAUUUGAGUACGAGAAAAUAUCAAGUAUAGAUCUCAGUAAUCAGCAUAUAACAAAUUAAAUUCUUUGUUGUUGUUGUUGUUGUUGUUGUUGUUGUUUUUUACUGCUAAUAUUACUGAAAUAAUGCCCUGGUGUUAUGUUCAAGUGAGAACAAACUAUUUAGGUACCAGCUUAUAUUGCCAGUCAAUAUAAUCUGCCAAAAUACUUUAUGCAAUAUGAAAAUACAACAGCAACUUCAACGUGUGUGAACUAAUUCAUACUUGAAUAACACUGAUCAUUAGUCAUAGCCUGUUGAUCAUAAUGACACAUGGUGGAUGCUCUAGUACUGGGCUCAACUUCUGAAGCACCACAGCAGCUGAUAUCUUCAUCUUUACAAAGGAAAAACAGAAAUAUAUUUUACUGUUGAUUUAGAAAAGUUCACAAGUGAUGAGCCUGAAAGAAAUACUGAUAAAUUACUCCUCAACUACGAUGUAAGGUUGCCUGGAUCAUAUUUACAUGAUGUAAACGUGUACAGGGCGUCCAAAGAGAACCAGUGUUAAAUAAUAAUAACAAUAAUCCUCUAAACAAACACCAGGUCCACUUGCUCCAGCUCUUGCUAGUGCUCUCCCCUCUUCCACAUCGACCACACAUGGAAGUGCCGUGCUGCAACAGCUGCUUCACGCUGGUUGACAUGUUGCAGGUAUCGGGUGCUGUCAUGAGCCAGUAUUUGGCGAGUACCAGUUCAGCAAAAUAGGCCGGUAUCAGAGGGACCAAUGCUGGGAUCAGGAUCAGGACGUCCCUAAUAAAAACCUUCACUUUUCACCUAAUGCUGCACAAUCAGUGAGCUUGUGAUUUCAGACCAGGAACUGCCAGAAAUAUCUGUGCCUGUUUCAGUGCUUCAGUAAUCAGAUUACUUUGACUUUAUUGGAAGUGUAAAAGAGUUUGAAAUGUGUUUUAAUAAUUAUUGCUUUCAAUUUGCAUUUAUUGUUGUUUUGUUGAAUAUUUGUGAAUUUUAUCUCAGUUGGUGAUUUUUUUUCCCAUUAUUUUAUUGAUUUCUUCCUCUGAAAAGUUCCUCCUGCACUCAGCUGUGUGGAUCAGUACUGGGGACUUGGGGGUGGGGGGGGGGGUGGGGUUACAGAAGCCCAGGAGGUACAAACAAGGCAGAGGAUAGUUGAGGGAUAACAUGCUGCUGUGAAAAUAUGUCAUUAUGUACAGAAUACAUUUAGUCAGUGACGUUUAAUCCUUCCAUGCAUAUCGUUUACUGUCAUAUCCUAUCAUGUUGUCAAGCUGUUUUGUGUUGUUUAAAUUUUGUGGAACCUUGUAAAUUGUGAAACCUUUGGCUGUAUGCUUUCAUGUCAAGAGAAUUUUGGACCAAGUCCAGAUGGAAAACCACUAUUAUAAUAUUUUCACUUAAAGUUCCAUGGGACACUGUGAGAAGGACACACUGCCUUGACUUGAGUUGAUAAACUGGGUUGAGUGAAGCCAUGGUGGAGAAGGUUGGAGUUCAGUGAGAGUGUUAGCCUUACUCUCAGUCAGCUGACUUGUCUGUAUCCUUCGCAAUCCUAAGAUAAAACCUUGUGCAACAUCAACAUCUUGACUCCU